CAGGCGCCGUCGCCGCCCCGCGCGCUCUCUCUCUCGAGUUCUUGACAGAUCCGAGUGCGGUCGUACUUGCUUCGACUGGCAGCGGAAGAGGCCUACCAAGGCGCCAUGUCUAAGCGGCCGCAGAAGCCCAUACAGCCAGGCGUGACCCCGCCGAGGCCCGGCAAGGAACACUGCAUGGUACUGAACAGGACGGGUCAGGUGCGGCACACGCUGAACAAGGCGGGCAAGGCAUUCGCCUUUGUGGAGUGGACUGAAACGGGACGCAGGCCGAUCUUCAUGAUACGCAACCGCCAAGGAUACACACGCGCUGCCCUAUCGUAUGAAGCCGUGGUCCUCUUUGGCGGCAGUCCCGGCGUGCUUUGCCGGCCCCUGGGCUGGAGUGGGGAUAUCACAAAAGCCGACUGGAGCGCCCCCAUACCCAAAGUUCAGGGCGUGGCACUGGGCACUGGUUGGGUGGCCGUCGCCUGCAAACCGCGUUUGUUGCGGCUCUUCACGGUGUCCGGCCUCCAGCUUGCCGUGUGGUGCUCACCAGGACCUCACGUGGUGGCAGUAGGCCACGGCAAGCAACUCGCCAUAUACUACCACACGGCGGCGCCAGGUCCAGACGGUCGCCAGGCCAUCUCCGUGCAGCGCUACCUGGCGGUGACGAGAGCAGCCGCUCCUGGUGCGCCGCUGGGUACGCCGCUACCGCUUUCUCUACGACCGGGCGCCAGCGUCACCUGGGCAGGAUUCAGUGACCAAGGGAGCCUUUGCUGGGCAGACUCGCUGGGUCGGGUCCAUCUUUUGGCGAACGGGAGCGUCUGGGAGGUGGUUUGCGAUUUGCCGGCGCCGAGGGAGUCCUUCAUCGCAGGCGUUCUGGAAUCCACCCAGACGAUCUGUGUGGCGUCGUGCUGUGCCGAAGCAUCGUAUCCGGAACCGGGUGCUCCACUGUGCCUCGUGCCUUUCCGGCUGCCGUUCCUGCGCUGCCCGGCAUCGCAGCACGAGGUUGAACACGCUAUGGCCAGCCGUCGCGUGGAGGCCCUCCUUCGUGAAAGGUGCGAUGGCCAGCGUACCUGCCGCGCCCGGCAGGGCUACGCCAUUGCUUGUCAAAACAGAGACAAACUGCUGCUCCAGAGGUUUGAGUCCGCCCUCAAACGCCGGCAAGUGUUGGUGGCAGCGGAACUUGCGAGCCAAAUGCGCUCACCAUCGCUGGCCAAGCAAGCAGCUGCCAUCGCAGGACAGCAACACCUGCCUAGCCUGGUUGAGUGGAUCGGCAAGCUGCCCACAGCCGAACGUCUUAGGUGCAGCUGCCAACCUGAGGUUGUCAUCAGGCCUCUUUCCAUGGCGGAACUGAAGCGUCGGAGGGCGGCCAAGAGGCAGAACUCUCAGUAUUCGACUUUGUCAAGACCUGAAGCGGCCAGGCCUCCGAUUGAAUGCAGCAACCCUUUCGAGGUGGUGCUGAAGCGGCAACGCAUAGAGUGUGAGGGACACCGGCUGGGAGAAGGUCGAGAGCACGGCAGCGGAAGCAGGCCACACGCCAGCUCCAGGCAACUCACCCUUCCCGAGAUGAUGCGCAAGGCGGCGGGAGGGAGAAAGCGGAGCAGUGAAUAAAAGUGCUGUCGCUUCUUACGUCGGAGCGACCUUUGCAAAGAUCCGUUCCUGGUACGAAUCAGUGUGUCUGACCCCACAGUGGUGUCACAGAACUUGUGGGCGUCACCGAGGGCACUACCACGGUGCUAUACUGUUCUAUAAGCUACUAACCUACUACUAACCUCGUAGUCGAUAGAUAAAUGGUGUCAAAUUAUGUUAUAUUUUGACAACAAUUUUUUGUUGAAUUUUUUGCUGGUAAUCACAAUAAUUAAACAAAAUUGCUAGCUUCCAUUUCAAUGUACCUUCUUUUUAAAUGUGUAAUGUAUGUAGAGCGUAUUGAAUACACAUGUAUAAACAUACGCAUGUGAUCAGAUGUAGAGAAGAAGCAGACGCAUUGUAUUUGAUGAAGUGUGUAUUGAGUCGUGUCAACUGCUGCAGACUGUAUUGUUGAUCAGGGGGCCAAGACCUCGUCAGGCUUUCCCAUCUUUAGUCUUUGCCUCUCGCAGUGAAAUUUUU